AUGAAUGACACUGUUCCGAGGGGUGUGUCCAAUUCCGGUGCGGUGUUGAGCGGUGCUGGUGGUACUGGCGGCGUUGGCGGUGGGUCGUCGCCGUCGGGGAAUAGUCGGCGGCUGGCUUCUGCCGUGACUGCAGCGGCUGCAGCCGCAGCGGAGCGCGCGUUGCUAGCCGACGCGGUGGCCGCGGCAAACCCCGAGACGCGCUCGCCGUUCGCUAGCCUCGGCGACGCCUGCGACAGGCUGCUCCCCUUCCACGUGUUCGCGGAUUACGAUCCCGCGCUCGUCGCCCUUCACUCCUCAACCGACCUCGCGCCUUCCGCCUCUGGCGCGUCUAGGGCCCGUUCCCCCCUCCCCGCGUCCCACCCGCCUCCCUGCAACCCUCCCCGUUCUGCAGCAGCCGGUGGUUUAGGGGGAGAGCGCGGAGCGGCGGGGGCGGGGGCUGGCGCACAGGCCAGUGGCGUGGGGAGCGGGUGGGGGGGAGGAGGCGGAAAGGGAGACGGGGGGAAGGUGGGAAUGGUUGGUGAUUUGAGUGGCACGAGUGAAAAGGUACGGGGAAAAGAUGGUUUAGCGAACGAAGGAGGGGAUGGGGAGUAUGAGACCAAGGCUCGAGUUCUGCUGGAGAAGCAACGGCAGCAGCAGGUGGUGGCGGCAGCACGGGAGGCUGAAGCAGUGGAGGGACGGAGUAUGGCCCUGGUGAGACGAGGCGACGAGGUGGUGGGGAGGUGGGGGAGGAUGCGGGACGGGUGGAGGGACGGGGAGGCUUUGCGGGGAGCGGAGCAGCUGUUUCUGGCGCGGCUGCUGGUGAACCAUGAGUCUGCUCUGCUUCGGAGCGAGGUGGAGGGUGUUGAGAGGGAGAAGCAGAGGGUGAAGGAGGAGCGCGAGAGGGAGAGGGAGCGGGAGAGAGUGCGAGAGAGGGGGAGGGAGAAGGAGACGGAAGUGGAGCAGUGGAAGGAGCGUGUGGAAGUAGAGAGAAAGAGGAAGCUGGGGGAGGUGGAGGCUGAUGAGAGGGGGCGGGUGGGAGGAGUAGGAGGAGUAGGAGGAGGAGGAGGAGUAGGGGGAGGUAUAGGUACAGAAUUUAAAAGAGCAAGAGUGAAUCUUGCUGCUGGAAGCACUAGAGACGCUGCAACUGCGGCGGCAGCAGCAGCAGUUGAGCGAGAAUGGGGAAUGGACUGGCAGGACGGGGGUGAGGGAGAUGGUAGGGAAAGAGGAGGAGAGGAGCAGUGGAGUGAGGAGAAUAAAGAGACGCAGCAGGGAUGGCAGCAGCAGCUGCAGCAGCAGCAGGGAGAGCAGGACUCAAGAGUUGGUGGUGAAAUAAAAGGGGACGAGGGGGAAGCGGCAGAGCUUGAUGGAAAGCGGAAGAAGGAGGGCGAAGAGACAGAAGAGGAAGAAGAGGAGGAGGAGGAGGAAAGUGAGGAGGAGGAGGAGGAAGGGAAAGACGAUGAGGAGUGGAAUGAAAAGGACAUGGAAGAGGAAGAGGACGAUGAUGAGGAUGAUGAGGAGGAUGAUGAGGAGGAGGAAGAGGAGGAGGAGGAGGAGGAAGAGGAGGAGGACGAGGAAAGGGUGAAAGGUGAGAAGGAGGAGGAAGAGGAGGAGGGGAAGGAGGAUGUUGAGGGUGGAGAAGAGGAGGUGGAGGGGAAGGAGGUGGAGGAGGAGGAAGAGGAAGAGGAAGAGGAAGAAGAAGAAGGGGAUGAGGAGGAGGAGGACGAGGAGGAAGAAGCGGAGAGGAGGGGAGGGGAGGGAGAACGGGAUGGAUGGUGGGACAAGGAGGGUGGUGAUGGUGGUGAUGGCGGUGGUGGUGGUGAUGAUGGCGAUGCUGCUGCUGCAGAGGGGGGGCAAGGACUUGGGUACGGGGUGGGAGAGGCGCCAGAGAAGGAAGGGAGAGCUGGGGAUGAGGAAGGGGAGGAAGGAGGGGAUGGAGGAGAACGGCAAGAGGAGGAGGCAGAGGGGAGUGAUGAUGAUGACGAUGAUGAUGGGGAUGAUGAUGAUGAGGAGGAUGAGGAUGAGAGUGAGAGUGAUGGUGAUGGUGAUGGUGAUGGUGAUGGUGAUGGUGAUGGUGGUGGUGGUGGUGGUGGUGAUGGUGAUGGUGAUGGUGAUGGUGAUGGUGAUGGUGAUGGUGGUGGUGAUGGUGAUGGUGGUGGCAAUGGUGAUGGUGGUGGCAAUGCUGGUGGGGAGUUUGGCAGUGGUGAUUGGCAUGCCCAGCCAUCAUGGCAAGACCAGGCACAAUGGCAGGAGUCGGGGCAGGGGCAGGGGGAGGGGCAGGGGCAGGGGCAGGGGCAGGAACAAGUUGAGGUUGGACGAGAUGUUGGAGUGAUGAAUAGAAGGGGAGAGGAGAAGAAUGAGGGGGACGAGGGCACUCUAGGUUUGGAGGAGAGUUCAGAAGAAGAGAGUGAAGAGGGAGAUAGUAGCAGUGGUGGGAGUGCGGAGGAAGAUGAUGGGGAUGGGGAUGGGGAUGAGUAUGAGGAAGAGGAUGGGGAUGGGGAUGGUAAAAAUGAUUUAGAAGACGGCAGCGAUGGUGGUGGUUGGAGCGGGUAA